CCUCCUCCCCCCCGUCGGCGCAGCGCUGUGGUGAAGCCGCAUUGUUUGUGCCGCGGGGGGAGGGGAGCCGCUCAGCCCCGGGAGCCGAGCGCCGAGCCCGCAGCCGGACGGCGACGCGCGCCGCGCCUCACGAAUGCGCCGCGCCCGGCGGCAGCAGCAGCCCCGCACCCAGCGCCGGGUGACCGUCGCGGGCAGCGCGGCCCUCGUAGCGCCCGCUCGCCCGCCCGCGGCUGCCGGACGGGGGGCCAGGCGGCAGCACCGGCGGGACCUCCGCCAUUAACCCGGCCGAGCGUCGGCCGCAGCGGCGGAGCGGGAGGUCUGUCAGCCGCUCCUCGGCGGCUCCCACAACGUAAACAUUACCAAAUGAGGAGAAAAGGAAGAUGCCAUCGAGUAUCGGCAGCAAGGCAUUCUUCUUCCCCAUGCAGUAUUAAGCACUCCCCAACACGAGAAACCUUGACAUAUGCUCAAGCUCAAAGGAUGGUUGAAAUAGAAAUUGAAGGUCGCCUGCAUAGGAUCAGUAUCUUUGAUCCUUUAGAAAUUAUAUUAGAAGAUGAUCUUACUGCCCAGGAAAUGAGUGAAUGCAACAGCAAUAAAGAAAAUAGUGAAAGACCACCGGUUUGUCUAAGAAGCAAACGCCAUAAAAAUAACAAAGUGAAAAAGAAAAAUGAAGCUCUUCCGAGUUCACAUGGUAUACCUGCUACAACAGCUCCUCUUCCAGAACCAAAAGUACGGAUUGUUGAAUACAGUCCCCCUUCAGCUCCUCGGAGACCUCCAGUUUAUUACAAAUUCGUUGAGAAGUCAGCAGAAGAACUUGAUAACGAAGUUGAGUAUGACAUGGAUGAAGAAGAUUAUGCGUGGUUAGAAUUGAUAAAUGAUAAGCGGAAAAGUGAUGGAGUGUCAGUUGUUUCACAAAAUAUGUUUGAAUUCCUUAUGGAUAGGUUUGAAAAAGAGUCUUACUGUGAGAACCAAAAACAGGGUGAUCAUCAGUCUUUAAUUGAUGAAGAUGCAGUGUGUUGUAUAUGCAUGGAUGGUGAAUGUCAGAACAGCAAUGUGAUCCUGUUUUGUGAUAUGUGUAAUUUAGCAGUACAUCAGGAAUGCUAUGGGGUGCCAUAUAUACCUGAGGGCCAGUGGCUCUGCAGACACUGUUUGCAGUCCCGCUCUCGGCCUGUAGACUGUGUGCUGUGCCCAAACAAGGGAGGUGCCUUUAAAAAGACAGAUGAUGAUCGUUGGGGACAUGUGGUGUGUGCUCUGUGGAUUCCAGAAGUUGGAUUUGCCAAUACAGUUUUUAUUGAGCCAAUUGAUGGUGUCAGGAACAUUCCCCCAGCCAGAUGGAAGUUAACAUGCUACCUCUGUAAACAGAAAGGUGUUGGUGCCUGCAUCCAGUGCCACAAAGCAAACUGCUAUACUGCAUUCCAUGUGACGUGUGCUCAAAAGGCUGGUCUAUAUAUGAAAAUGGAACCUGUGAAAGAACUGACUGGCAGUGGAACAACUUUCUCUGUGAAAAAGACUGCCUAUUGCGAUGUACAUACUCCACCAGGUUGCACACGGAGACCGCUAAAUAUUUAUGGAGAAGCUGAAAUCAAAAACGGUGUGUGUAGAAAGGAGGGAUCAGUCAGAACUGCUAGGUCUACAUCAAAAAUCAGAAAAAAGACAAAAAAAACCAAGAAAGCAGUGGUUGAACCCUGUACAGUUAUGCCAACAGUAUCUGCUCCUUAUAUCCCCCCCCAGAGAUUAAAUAAGAUUAUGAAUCAGGUGGCCAUUCAGCGAAAGAAGCAUUUUGUUGAACGAGUGCACAGUUACUGGUUGCUUAAAAGACUGUCUAGGAAUGGUGUUCCACUCUUGAGAAGGCUGCAGUCCAGUUUACAGUCACAAAGAAAUACACAACAGAGGGAAGAUGAUGAAGAAAUGCAAGCCUUAAAGGAAAAAUUGAAGUACUGGCAAAGGCUGCGUCACGAUCUUGAAAGAGCACGUUUAUUGAUAGAACUUAUACGUAAGCGUGAAAAAUUAAAAAGAGAACAGGUCAAGAUUGAGCAGGUUACUAUGGAACUUCAGCUUAUUCCAUUCACUGUACUACUGCGAUCGGUUCUGGAUCAGCUGCAGGAAAAGGAUUCUGCUCGUAUAUUUGCUCAGCCAGUGAACCUUAAAGAGGUUCCAGACUAUUUGGAUCAUAUUAAACAUCCUAUGGAUUUCUCCACCAUGCGAAAACGGUUAGAAGCGCAAGGGUAUAAAAACCUCACUGAGUUUGAGGAAGACUUCAAUCUGAUCAUAGAUAACUGUAUGAAAUACAAUGCAAAAGAUACAAUAUUUUAUAGAGCUGCAGUGCGGUUAAGAGAUCAAGGAGGUGUAGUUCUCAGGCAAGCCAGGCGAGAUGCUGAAGGAAUUGGUUAUAACAAUGAAACUGGAAUGCACUUACCAGAACGGCCUAAACUUGAGUCACCCCAACCUUUCUCUUGGGAAGAUGUGGAUAGGUUACUGAAUCCUGCAAACAGAGCACAUAUGUCCUUGGAAGAACAGCUGAGAGAGCUGCUAGAAAAACUUGAUCUCACCUGUGCAAUGAAAUCCAGUGGGUCAAGGAGCAAAAGGGCAAAGCUGUUAAAGAAAGAAAUCAGCAUUAUUCGCAACAAACUCAGUCAGCAACACAACCAAGCUCCUCAAAUAGAAUCAGGUAUUGGAAGUUUCGAAGAAGAAAGUGCAGCAUUAGAACAAGACGGAGAAGAAGAAGGAGAUAAAUCUCCCCCUAAACUUGAACCAUCAGAUGCAUUACCUCUUCCUUCAAACUUGGAGACUAAUUCAGAACCACCAACCCUCAAACCAGUAGAACUCAAUCCAGAGCAGAGUAAGCUUUACAAAAGAGUAAAAUUUGAUAAUGAAUUAUAUAGCACUUCCAUUCAGAAAGAAAUAAAUGGACACACUCCAGAACACUUACUUGACAGUAAUCUCAAUGAGUCGACUGUUUCUGCUGUAGCUGAGUCAUCAACUGAUGUAAACAGACGUACAUCCAUUCUCUUCUGCAAAUCGAAAAGUAUAAGCCCCCAAAAGUCUGCAAAGAACACUGAAACCCAGCCAACUUCUCCACAGCUAGGGACCAAAACCUUUUUGUCUGUAGUCCUUCCAAGGUUGGAGACACUUCUGCACCCAAGGAAAAGAUCAAGGAGUGCAUGUGGAGAUUCUGAGGUUGAUGAUGAGUCCCCUGUAAAGCGCUUGGAUACAGGUCUGUCAAAUGGUUUUGGAGAUGAAAGUAAAGAGAGAGCAUUAGAUGAUACUCCAGGAAGAAAAGUUGAACCUCGUCGCCGCUGUGCAUCAGAAUCUAGUAUUUCAUCUAGUAACAGUCUCUUGUGUAACUCAAGUUUCAGUCUACCGAAGUGUGGUAAAGGUAAACCUGCCCUGAUACGGAGACACACACUGGAAGAUCGAAGUGAACUGAUAUCAUGCAUUGAAAAUGGAAACUAUGCCAAAGCAGCAAGAAUUGCAGCUGAAGUUGGGCAUAGCAGUAUGUGGAUUUCAACUGAUGCUGCAACAUCUGUUCUUGAGCCUCUAAAAGUAGUAUGGGCCAAAUGCAGUGGAUAUCCCUCUUACCCAGCUCUGAUUAUUGACCCUAAGAUGCCUCGUGUUGCUGGCCAUCACAAUGGUGUUACUAUACCAGUGCCACCUCUAGAUGUACUGAAAAUUGGAGAACAAAUGCAGACCAAAUCAGAUGAGAAACUAUUCUUAGUACUAUUUUUUGACAAUAAAAGAAGUUGGCAGUGGCUUCCAAAAUCCAAAAUGGUUCCCCUUGGGAUAGAUGAGACCAUAGACAAGUUAAAAAUGAUGGAAGGACGUAACUCGAGCAUAAGAAAAGCAGUAAGAAUUGCUUUUGAUCGUGCUAUGAAUCACCUGAGCCGAGUCCAUGGAGAACCAGUCAGUGACUUCAGUGAUAUUGACUAACAGAGAUUCUCUAGCAAGGCAUGAAAAAUACCACAGAGACUUGAACUCUACUAAUGAGCCUCUUUGUCUAAAAGAAUGUAUUAAAGAUACAACCCCUUAAUUGUUGAUUCAGUGGCUGAGUUCUGCAAACUUGAAAUAGUUGAGCAAUUCUUCUAUAUCACCAUUGCCAUAUUGAUUAAUUAUUUUAUUGUGUUGUAGAUUGGAGGAUUUUCCACUAAACCUGUUAAAAUGUCUUGUUCAUAGUGUUCAUAAUUGUACAUAAAUGUAUAUUCAACACUUAACUUAUUCUGAUUUUAGAAGUAGCUCCUUAAUUCCUUUUAUAAUUUUGCUAGGGAGGGAAUUGGUUUUUGUUUUUUCCAUGCUUUUUAUUUUUUUUUUCCUUCUUUCUGAGGUUAAGUUACCUAAGCACCAUCUUCCAGCUUAAGGUGUUUAGUGGAUCUUAAAGCCUAAUAUCAAAAUGGCAUCAAAUAGAUGUUUGCCUAAAUCAUAUACAGUAUGGUGCUGCUUGUAUCAUUUCUUCCUUGGUCUGUAGCUUCUGAAAAAGACUUCUGAAUGUUUGUGUAAAUUGUUGCUCUUUGCACAAAGUACCACGUAUUUAAGAUUGAUGUAAAUUUACAAUUACAAAUAUGUAUUUUAAGAAAGGAAGUUGCGUUAUUUUGGAGGGUACUUUGUGAGAAAGACAUCAAUAAAAAAUAUACUAUGUACAUCACUUGCAAAUCACCAAAAACACUCCAUUGUUGCCCAAAAUGACUUAAGGUUGUUAUUGUUUUAAACAAACCUGGCUUAAAGCCUGCAAGCACAUUAUUUCUUUCAAAACCAUAUCCCAUUUAUCUCCCAUUGGUUUAAUUUUGUUGAUAUGUGUGCCUCCCUGUGUUUUAUUUAUUGUAGAAAAUGUAUUAAUUUGCUUUAUAAUGAAAAAUAAAAUUGACAAAUAUAUUGAUAUGCAUUUUUAUACAGGCACAUGAGAAGACAACUUGCUUUGGGAGAAAAAUGUAUUGGAAAUUGUAUAAAAUAACUCGAUGGUUUGUGUGUAAUUUGGUUUUUUGGUAACUUGUAAUUUUUUGUUUCCAAUGAGGGGAUUUAUGUAACUUUUAAUUUAGAACACUUUGGUAGCAAUAGAAACUUUGGAUACAUUUUUGUAUGGUACAUGUGAUGUAUAUAGAAUUAGUACUUUAUUUUUAUUUUUAAGAAGUAAAGCAUUAUGUUUGGGCAGGGGGAAGAAGGAGGGUGGGUUUCCAGAACUGCAUUUUUAUAUUAAAAAGAAAAAAAAUAAAGUCAAGAUAUUGAUUGUUGUAGCUACUUUAUUCCUACCUUCACUGAGAUACUGAAUUUGUAACAAUGAAAAUGGCAAGGUAUGUUUGCAAUGUGAUUUAUAAUGGCUCCAUUAUUUAUAAAUGCACUGUGUUUGAACUCUUUUGCAGUGAUAUCGUAAAUACUGUACCAAGUUAUAUAAUAUGAAACACCAAAUAAUGCAUAUGAAUGCACGAAGUAUUUAUGCCCAGCUUUUUUAUAAAGGAUUAGCAAAUACAGCAAAACCAAUACUUUUUAAAUCUUUUUUUUAAAACUUCAUUGAAUAGCAUACUUCAUUGUUAAACCUGCUUGAAUCUUUAUUUUAAAGGGACAAUUACUUUUUAAAUAGUUUUUAAUGUUUUUAUUCUCUAUUGUUUGUAAUACCCCCGUAGAAGCUUGAAAUAAAAUUUCUUUCUCAACUGUAAAUUUUGUCCUGAAUUUAGCCCCUGAGAUUUUGCUGCAGUGCCCAUUUUCUUACCCCGUGACUGAGCUGUUCCAGAGGCACUGGGCCAAGAAGCU